UGAUUCCUACCGGAUGUAGUGCACUUUUAAAGUAAGUAGGGAGGUAUUUGGGAUUCUGCACACAAAUAUAGCUGCGGUGGCACUUUGUAAGUCAAGAGUUUAAAACAAGGCAGAAGUUUAACUUGACAUUCCAGUUCAUAUAUUUUUCUCGUUAACGGGAUCAAAUGGAUUUUCCAAAACUGCCACCUCACGAUGGACCCUUUCUGUCUGUGGUUGACAUGCACACUGGAGGAGAACCUUUACGCAUCAUCGUAAGCGGGUACCCUACCGUGAGUGGAGACACUGUGCUCGAAAAGCGGCGGUAUGUACGAGACCAUCUCGAUCAUCUACGCAAAGUGUUAAUGUUCGAGCCCCGUGGCCACUAUGACAUGUACGGAGCCUUAUUAGUCAAAAGUGAGAUACCUGAAGCGGAUCUCGGGGUUCUGUUCAUGCACAAUGAGGGUUACAGCACCAUGUGUGGCCAUGCUGUGAUCGCUCUGGGCCGUUUUGCUGUAGACUACGGUUUGGUAAAGACUCCGACUGCUCCCGAGACCCAAAUAAACAUCCACUGUCCAUGUGGCUUGGUGAAGGCUUUUGUGGAGUAUAGCAACAGUAAAACAGGAGCAGUGAGGUUCCACAGCGUGCCAGCAUUUGCUUUUGCCACAGAUGUGAAAGUUACCGUUCCAGGAUAUGGUGAAAUCACAGUGGACAUAAGCUACGGAGGAGCUCUCUAUGCCUUUGUGAAUGCUGAAAUAUUUGGACUGGAUGUCAAUAAGUCAAGAACAAGAGAUUUAGUGGAUGCAGCCACUGCUGUAACUAAUGCAGUCAAAUCUCAGGUGAAGCUCCACCAUCCCGUUAGUGAAGAUCUGGCUUUUCUAUAUGGUACUAUUCUCACAGAUGGCAAAGAUGAUUUCUCUGAUGAGCCUACAGCCAAUGUGUGUGUGUUUGCUGAUGCCCAGGUGGACAGGAGCCCCACUGGUUCAGGUGUGACUGCUCGCAUUGCUCUGCAGUACCACAAAGGUCAGAUCCAGCUGCACAAGACCAGGAGCUUCAAGAGCGGCACCACAGGAACUAUAUUUACAGGGAAGGCAGUACAGGAGACGACAUGUGGGGACUUCAGUGCAGUGGUGGUUGAGGUUGCGGGUCAUGCUUACUACAGCGGUGUGGCCAGUUUUACUCUGGAGAACGACGAUACCCUGAAGAAUGGCUUCCUCCUCCGAUGACUGUGUUAAAGCUGAGAUCUAACAAGUGGAAUCUCACAGGAGGCUUUCUGGCAGAGGAAUUGACACAUUCGCUGUCUAAGGAACAUAAGUGGAAUGUAAUUUUUUGUUGUUUUUCUGACUUUACAGAAGAGAAAAUAAGUGAAUGACUGAUUCUUGUGCCCAUGUCAUGUCUUGUUUCUUACCUAACCUUUUUUUUCCUCAUUGAAAUCUGGAAGUUCUAAUGGAUUUCAAUCAACAGUUGAUUAGAGUGUAUAUUUGUGAAGUAUGUUAAAUUCUGUUUUUUUUUUUUAUCUCGACUUAUUCAAACCGAAAGUUUAACCUUGACACUAGUUGAAUUUUAUUGUUCAGUGGAGAUGUUUUAUUGCACACUGUUUAGGCACCAGCGUGUUGCCCAUUGUGGAAAACAUUAACACAACAGUAACUAUUACAUUUUUUCCAUUUAUUCUCCUUUAAGCGCCAUCUUACAAUGGAAUUUUUUUUUUUAAAUUACAAACAUAGUUCAAUGUCAGCAUAUCACAUUGUCACAACAUACACUGUGGAUAAAAAUACUGGAAUAUAUCCAGUGAUGAAGGAAGAGCUGAGGGAGAGUCUCUUGCAUUGAUUUACUUACUGGUAUGUUCUUUUUUUAAAUAAGUCUACAGAUUUCACAUGACCAUCUGCAAAGUGUCUUGAAGAAAGAUCCAACAUAAAUGCAUAGAAUUUGCACAAAAGGAGCAUCCACAGUGUUUGAAACGACGUGGGCUUGGGCCAACUCCUUAUCUAAAUCUUAUCUUUAAAAAUGUUCUUCAGCCAGCCUGUGUCUGAUAUCCAAUACAAUUCUCAAUAACCAUGUAAUAAACAACCUACACAACCCAUA